CCGGCCGACUUCAUCUGCCCCAUCACGACCGAGGUGAUGAGCGACCCGGUGAUGGCGACGGACGGCCAUUCCUACGAGCGGAAGCAGAUCGAGCGCUGGCUCGCGACCAAGUCGACGAGCCCGAUGACGGGCGAGGCGCUCGAGCAUAGCAUCCUCACCCCAAACCACGCGCUGCGUGGGCGGAUUCGAGAGUGGCAAGAGGCGCAU